AUGCAGGCUUGUACAAAGCCGAUUCGCUUUCAGAAUGCAUCCGUUAAUUUGGCUAAUCGUGAAAUUCUUCCUAGUCUUUCUCCCGUCAGCAUAAAAGGGACGCAUGGGAGAACUCGCCGAAUCACCGAUUUUCGGAUACGUCCUUGGAUGUCGAACGAGAUAAUAGUUGGUUACGUUGACGGUAGUGUCAGAUUAUUUCGAUAUAAUAACUCUAAAAAAUCUAUAGACGAUACCAUCUCGAUAUAUCCUAGUAAUUCGUCAGAGGUUUCCUCAGUGAGAACAGGACCAAACGAUUGUUUUGCUUUCACGUUGCUAGGGAAUGCAGCCGAUGCAGGGUCCCUUUACGUUGGGCAUGGCGCUAUGCCAGUAGUAUACCAGGUUCCGCUUAAUCGAAGAACGUCUAUUUGGACUUCAUCAAUGUCUCAUAACACGUCAUUGAUAGCACUGGGCAGUUCGCGUAGCGUGAUUGUUGUUAGUGGAUUAGAUGAUGGGAAUGCUCAGAACCUAAUGGAUAUUAAGACAUCUAGUGAUGUCUUUGUCACUCAUGCCGAUUACAACGAGUCUUCAAGCAUAUUAUACGGCUGUAGAGACGGCUUAGUCAGACUGUUUGACUUGCGGAGCAGGCGAUCGCGCUGUGGAUUUAAAUUUCAUCUAUCGUCCUCCGUGUGUCAUAUUGAACAAAUUGGAUCUUGGUAUCUGUUGACUAGUGCGAUGAAUGGAUCUCUUGAGUUGUGGGAUCCUCGAUAUAUAAGUAUCCCCGUUAUUAAGUUCAAUGAUCAUCCAGAUUGUGAUCAAGAUGGCAAUAGCUCCACAGUAGACGUUAAUGAAGAUUUAUCACGGUAG